AACACCGUAAAAAUGGAUCUCAAAUACUUGGGAAUUUUCGUCGCCAUUUUGGUGGUUGACUUAUCAGCAGCUGAAGUAGAUGAUAUUGACAAUCCUUACUUUGGAGAGGUAACAACUGAAAUCUCAGAUUCUGGAUUGUUAGGAUCUGCGAAAUUUGCAUUUAAAAAAUCUCUUCCUGAAGAGGCCGAGGUAUCACUAACUGUUGAGUUGAAAGGAGAACAAGUCGCAGAUUUUCAAGAUUUUGUAUGUGAAUUGGUGAAAAACGAAAUUUAUGGUAAAGAUAUGCUCAAGCAUGGAUUGCCUAAGGAUAAAUUCCCUAAAGAGUAUCCUUUCGCUCCGGGCGAUUAUGAAAUAUAAGCAAGUAUCCGAUUCCGAAAGAAAAAUUUCCUCCAGGCACGCCACCUGGUGACUACGAUGCAAAAAUGACUUUUGGCGUACCCGACCAAGAGCCGUGGGUGGUAAUAAAAGCCGUAAUGGAAGUCUCUCAUAAUGCUCCUGGAGCACCAGCUCCUGGACUAAGACGUUAA